AUGGCAUGUAUACCUGUGGUUGACUUUGACGUCUACAAACUUGGUAUCAGCAAUGUCUCUGACCAGGACCUGCAAGAAUUAUGCAAAGACUUUUACAAGGCUUUCACCGAAAUCGGGUUUGUUUAUCUCAAAAAUACUGGAAUAGAUCCAAAAGAGGUAAGUGAUGUCAUGGACAAUUCUAAAAAGUUCUUCCUGCUUCCUGAAGAACAGAAAAGACCCUCCAGCAGGGGAAGUUACACAAAUAAUGGCAAUCAUGGUUGGGUAUCCUCAGAGACUGAAAGUUUGAAUCCUCGACGCCCAGGUGACUUGAAGGAAGCCUUUAAUACAGCAUCUUUAUGCACCGACAUUAAAUGGCCCUCUGAUGACCUCAGUGACUUUCGUGACAUCCAAGUUGGCUUCUUCCUGCGCUGUAAGGAGCUCUCUCUCCGUGUCCUCAGAGUUAUGGCUCUCAGUCUAGGCCUGGAUUCUGAGGUUUUUCUCAAAGCACACAGCCACAUUGGAAGUGAUGAGAACGGCAGCACCCUGCGCACUCUCUAUUACUCUCCGGUGAAGGCUGGAAGCGUGAAAGAAGGCCAGCUCCGCUGUGGUGAGCACUCAGACUAUGGCAGCAUCACUCUAGUCUUCCAGAACCCUGAAGCAGGCCUACAGGUUUUGAAUCGUAAACAAGAGUUUAUCUCGGCCCCAAGCAUUCCUGGAACAGUGCUGGUAAACAUCGCAGAUCUGAUGCAGAGGUGGACCAGUGAUGUGUUUGUAUCUGCUGUCCAUAGAGUUCUACUUCCUCCUACAGGUGACUUAAGCACAAGGCAGUCUUUGGUCUUCUUUGUGCAGCCAGAUGAUGAUGCCAUGAUUACAUGUUGUGAUGGCUCUGACAAAUAUCCUCCAGUGAAAUCGGUGGAUUACCUCCUGGAAAGAUUCGAGGACUCUUAUGGCAGAAAAUAAAGCUAUGCUGUUAAUUGUGAGUGGAGGCCCAACUCCAUAUAAAUAGAAUAUUACGUACCAGAGACCACUAUAAUUCUAUACUUAUGCAUUCCUGUCACAUACGUUUCUCUAAAAAUCAAUUACAAUGCAUUAUUAAUACAAUUUUUUUUUUUUUAAUAUAUUUGAUAAUGAAGCCAGCUCACAUAUGUGUGGAUUUCAAAAAUAGAACCUUUUCAAAUCUCCAAAAUGGUAAAUGAAGCUAUUUAUAAAUGUAAAAGGUAAAACAGUAGGUGAAACUGAUGAAUAAGGUCCAUAUCCAGUCAGGCCCAUACAUUUUGCAACAAAGUUUUUUGGCAUUUGGCGUCUGUACCCCUCCACAUCGAAUUCAAAAUGAAACACUCAAGAUGUCAGCGAAGCCAAGACUUUAACAGAAAUAUGCCAUUAAUUAUUCAGGAAUUGCAGACAUGUUUAUACACACAUACACUGUAGUAAAUUAGAUUAUGCGUCUAUUGCACUGUAUGUUAUAUGCCUGUUAUUGAUUAACAUACAGAUUAACAUCAUAUUUUUCAUUCAUUUCAUAUCUUACUCUUACUGUAUGUACUGUAAGAGUAAGAUAUGAAAUGAAUGAAAAAUAUGAUUCUGUGGUGUGAGGAAAAUGGGGACGUUGUGUGCACAAACGAAUUUAAAGAAAUGUUAAUAUAAGUACUAGUUUGAAAGUCUUAACAACCGCUAACAUUACUGAUAGUGUUGAAGUUAAUAAUAAUAUCAACUGUAAUAAUAGUAAUAAUCAUAUUUUAGUAAAUAUAACUAAAUAGAAAAAUUUGGGAAAAAACAACUGAGACAAAAAAAGGGGAUUAUAUUCAGACAUGAUGUAAUUACAGCAGAAAGAAAGUGACUAUAUUAAGAAUGGAUGCAGGCAGCAAACAAGUUUCUCUUUAAGUCUAAUGGAAAGUCAUAAGACUUAACUUCCUCAUAAGCAGCAGUAAGUUCCAGUUCUAGUUCAGAUGGACAAACUUCGUCUUUGUUCAGAGACUGUGUAUACAUUCUACAACAAAAAUCAGUGACGCAUAAAAAUUAAGAAUCUAUUAUCUAUAUAUUAACAGGUGAUGUCAAGACGACUCAAGACGCAUCUGUUUCUCCAGUACUUGGACUAACCCCCCAGAGAGCAGAUGGGACUCUCUGUGUCAGUAGAAUACAAGUCAGGCUGCUGGGAUUAAGAGAACUGAGUAUAAGAGUAUAAGAGAACUGUUUAAAUCCAUGAUGCUGGAAAACAAGGAAGUAGGAACAGUAUGAUUGGGUGCCAAACAGAUUAUAAACAGUACAAACAUAAUAAUUCAAUAGUAAAACAAACACAGUAGCAUGAGCAUAUGAUAAUGAAAUAAGUAUCAAUAGUGAUACGAUGGAAUAGUAUAUCUAACAUACUAAUCUUAACAUUUUAACCUACUAUACAUGACAGUAUAUGUUUAAAUACUGCUUAUUUCAGUACACAUAUAAUUAAUACCUUAUUAGUGUAGAUCACAUUCCUACACAACCAUAUCAGUAAUUAAUGAUAUAGUUCCAUGAAUUAGUAUCUGGCCCCUUCCUGAUUUUUUAUUAUUUUUGGCAUAUUUUUCACACUCAAAUUUUACACACACAAAGAUAACCCGAGUAAAAAAUCCAACUUUUAAAUUAUGAUUAUUAAGGGAUAAAAACUUCCCAAACCUAACUGGGGCUUUGUGAAAAGGUCAUUUUGCCUAAAUGAAAUAACUGGGUGUGUUUGUGUGUGUUUGUGUUUACACUGGGUUUUACGCAUUCAUGAGAAAUUUCACCCCAAGACUUAUACGAGGGCGUAUAACGCCCCUCGUAUAUUAUUUUCUCACUUUAUAACGCCGUUUUAACUUUACAUUUGUUGUAUAUACUGUAGCAUGUAUGUAGCUAUGUAUUAUUAAUUAGAUAUUUAUUUACAUAUUAUUAACUGCAUAUUAUCAGUUGGUUUACCUUAGGUUUUUUUUGUAGAAAUAUUCACAGUAUAUUUAUUAAUUAUUGUAGACUGAUCACGUAUUGUUGACUGAUUUGCCUGACGGUACAGCUUUAAGUCCUGUAAUUUUAAUUCCAUCAUUGGGACAUUACUCAAUCACCCAUUGUCUUCAUCCUGUAUACAGGGUCACAGGGGGCCUGGAGGUAGUAAUGGGAAGUUUGAAUUAUUUUAGUGACUCGGUUCUUUGAAUCUCGUUCAUCAAAAUAAACGAUUCAUUUUUUAAAAAAUUUAUUGCUUUUUAUUGCAUUUUACCUAUACACGUGUACAUAGAAAUAUCAAUGUACCAGAUAAAACAUAAAUCAACAAACAAACAAGCUAAACAAAACAGAACAAAACCAAAGGCUUCUCAGUAUUUUACAUUAAUACACAAUACCAUACAAUACCACAUCUUUUCUUAGUCGUCUAUCAAAGUAUUUCCAACUCCACCACAUUUUACAAACAAUUUGAAAGGUCCCCAAACUUCAAAAUAUUUUGUUUUUUAAUAUAUAUGUUAUCUUUUCCAUUGACAUGUUUAUCACCAUCUCUUUCAGCCAACGACCUAUACUUGGUGCAUAUGUAUUUUUCCAAUUUAAAGAAAUAAGCCGUUUCGCUUGAAGAAUACAUAUAUUUAUAAAUAUAUGCUCUGUUUUUUUUUUUCAUUUUACUUGAGAUCCUUAGGGUAUAAAUGAAAUAAAAAGAUUAAAGGUGACAGUGGUAUGUUUACAUCAAGGAUCUUUUCUAUCAUUCCUUUCACACCUUUCCAAAAAGUCUGAUGUUUUUCACACUCCCAAAGACAAUGAUAUAGUGUUCCUUUAAAGUCACCACAUCUUAAACAAGUAUCUGGAAUAUUUUCAUUGUAUUUAUGUAAUACAACUAGACUUAUGUAAAUCCUCAUCAACCACUUAUAUUGUAGCAGUUUCAGACAUGUGUUUAUUAUUAGUGAUUGAGCUUCCUUGCAUGCUUCCAUCCAGUCCUCCAUCAAAAUAUCCACUUUAAGAUCUAAUCUCCAAGCUUACAAUUUAUUAUCUGAAGACUUCUUUGAUCCUGACAUCAGCAUAUUGU